AAUUGUCCCCUGGAGAGGAAAGUGAAGAAGGUGUUUGUGAAUAAUUUGAAAAGGGAAAAGCAUUGAAAACAACAUCAGCAAACAGAGUCUUCCCCACACCAUCCUCUCCCCACAAGAGAAUUAGCCCGUCCAUGUUCCUCUACCACCGAACACACCCCGCCACCACCUCUCGCUAACGUGCGCCCCUUCCCAUACCCUGCGCCCUUCUUUUUCCUUCCCCCUCCCUUCAUAACCGUCUCUCUCUCCCCUCUCUCCCACUCAGAUUCGCAGGAUCGGAGCGGUUCCGGCGUCGUGGGCGUUAGGGUUAGGGUUUCCGAGAGAUGUGGUAUGCUCCUGGCAUUCAUGAAUCUUUUCUCGCUGUGUUGGAAGCCCUUUGGCCGCGAUGCUGAUCGAAUCGACUCUAUCGGAGUCAUCGGAAGCAGCUUCGGCGCCAAGGACGGCUUGCUCUGGUUCCGCGACGUCGGAAAAUAUGCCUCCGGCGAUUUCUCCAUGGCCGUCGUUCAGGCCAACCAGGUCCUCGAAGACCAGAGCCAGAUCGAGUCUGGUCCUCUCGGCACCUUCAUCGGCAUUUACGACGGUCACGGAGGCCCCGACGCCUCCCGCUACGUUUGCGAUCACUUGUUUCGCCAUUUUCAAGCAAUAUUGGCUGAGUCAGGCGGGGUUGUGACGACUGAGACAAUUGAAAGGGCGUUUCGCCAAACGGAAGAGGGGUACACUGCCCUUGUGUCAAGUUUGUGGAAUGCUCGACCUCAAAUUGCAAGUGCUGGGACCUGUUGUCUGGUUGGAGUGAUAUUUCAGCAGACACUCUUUGUGGCAAAUGCGGGUGAUUCUCGCGUUGUAUUGGGUAAGAGAGUAGGCAACACUGGAGGUAUGGCUGCAAUUCAGCUGUCUACGGAGCACAAUGCAAAUCUUGAGGCUGUUAGACAGGAGCUCAGAGAAUUACACCCUCAUGAUCCCCAAAUUGUUGUCCUCAAACAUGGAGUGUGGAGAGUAAAAGGCAUUAUUCAGGUUUCUAGAUCCAUAGGUGAUGUAUAUUUGAAACAUGCACAAUUUAACCGGGAACCACUUAAUGCAAAAUUCAGACUUCCUGAACCUAUGAACAUGCCUAUCUUGAGUGCUAGUCCCACUAUAAUUUCUCAUGCUCUCCAACCAAAUGAUUCCUUCCUUAUAUUUGCAUCAGAUGGUUUAUGGGAGCACCUGAGUAAUGAAAAGGCUGUGGAUAUCGUAAACAGCAAUCCUCAUGCAGGUAGUGCGAAGAGACUUAUCAAGGCUGCCCUCCACGAAGCAGCAAGAAAACGAGAAAUGCGAUAUUCAGACCUGCGCAAGAUUGACAAGAAGGUUCGACGGCAUUUUCAUGAUGAUAUAUCUGUUAUUGUUAUAUUCUUGAAUCACGACCUUAUUUCCAGAGGCACACUGCUAGACCCUCCACUUUCACUUCGAAGCGCACUCGAUCACUGACUUUUAUGAUUGAUGAUAGUAAGCAAGUUUUUGAAGAUAAGCCAUUCGCAGGACCUGCCUUGCUACAAUAUGCCAUUCUGUGCCACAUUCGGCUUCCGGUACAGACAUCAGGCACGAGAAUUUAUUAAGUUAUAACAAAUUAGAAAUUUAUUCAUGAAGAGGAAAAAAUAAAAAUAUCAAAUAUCUUGUUCCCUUUUCUAACUUUAUAGUUUUACCCGAAAGACUGGAUUUUAUUUAUUUAUUUAUUUAUUUUGCUGAUCAUAGCUAAUCAAGCACCAUGUUUAUUCAA